GGAGAGAUCCUGGGCCGUUUGGCAGGAAGGGCAUUUGGGUCGCCACGUCCCAGCUAAGAGAGUCGCGCGGGAGAGACCGUCUGGUCUCCCGUUUAGAAUAAACAGGAGAUAAAGAGAAAAGAGGAUAAAGAGACGGAAUGGAAGGGCUGGCUGGGGACUUCAGGAGUCCGAGANGAGAAUGAGAAACUGGAUCUCCGCAGCAGCUGGGCCCCUGGUGUCCCCAGUCCCUGGANGGCCAGGCUGGUGAGGAGAGGGAGGAGAGGAGGAUGUGGACCUUCAUCACGCAGCUCCUGGUCACGUUGGUGCUGUUAGGCUUCUUCCUGGUCAGCUGUCAGAAUGUGAUGCAUAUUGUCAAGGGUUCCCUGUGCUUUGUGCUGAAGCACAUCCACCAGGAACUGGACAAGGAGCUGGGGGAGAGCGAGGGCCUGAGCGAUGACGAGGAGACCAUCUCUACCAGGGUGGUCCGCCGACGGGUCUUCCUGAAGGGGGAUGAGCUUCAGAAUAUUCCAGGAGAGCAGGUGACGGAGGAACAAUUCACAGAUGAACAGGGCAACAUUGUUACCAAGAAGAUCAUUCGCAAAGUCGUCCGGCAGGUAGACUCGUCUGGUGCCAUCGACACCCAGCAGCACGAGGAGGUGAUUGUCGAGGGACCCCUGGCAGACCCUGGGGAUCUGGACACGGAUAUUGAGUCCUUUAUGAAACUUACUAAGGUGGAGCUAAGAGGGAGUGGACUCCAGCCGGACCUGAUAGAGGGCAGGAAGGGGGCUCAAAUAGUGAAGCGGGCCAGCCUGAAAAGGGGCAAGCAGUGACCUCUCCUCAAGUAGCCCCUUGGGAGGAUCACACCUCAACACCCAAACCCUGAACUCCACACACUCUGUCAUGCACACGGGAAGAGACCUGGACCAGAGGGCUACUGAAGGGUCGCACGUGUUCUGAGCUCCCCGGCAUGACCUCUGUAAGGAGUUUCCUUUAGUCUCCUAUUCGCAUGAAUGACUGGCUGUAGACGCAUGACCUACAGUCUUCAGUCCUGCCUCUAGCGACUAUGGAUCUCUGUGGGAAUCAGGACAAAGGCCGCGAGAGAAGGGAGAGAAGAAGGGAGAGGAUAGCAAGCCCCAAAGAGCACACGGGUGCAGACACGAAUAAUAAGGGCUUUACUGUGGCCGGGAUGGUUGAUCCGUUUGUUUGCUUUUUGUUUUGAUUUUUUUGACUUCAACCUCAUUUGUAAGAAAUACACAUGAUCUUUCUGGACCGAGGGAAACGGCGUGAAAUCAGUUUAGCCCAUUGUCCUACAUCCUCGUUGUACCUGCACACACCACAUGCUACUUGUAACACCCCACCCCACCCCACCCCACCCCCCAGCCCCCACGGAGGGACUGCUCUUCUCAGAAUGACAUGAUACAGGUGCACACGCGCAGGUCUCCCCCUCACUCAGUCUACACUGGUUUUACUGUGACCUUUGACGACGCUGUAUGGAUAAACUGGAUUUAUUAUUUUUUUUAUGUUGUCUCUCAGUUUCAGUAUUACUCAUCCUCCAGUGGGAAAUCACCACCUUGAGAGUGCAUUCGGGGUUCCUUGUGUUAGAAAUUUAAGAUCUGAGGCAAGGAGCCCCUAGGCUUUGCUGUAGGGCUCAGAGGGAGCCAGGGUCCCAUCUCAAAGUUCUCUGCUGGGGAAGGGCCUGUGGCUGUCCGAGGAUUGCACCAGCAUGUUCAAUAGAGGAAGAGGUUUUCUAAAUCGUCACGUACUUCUAUAAUAGUCUGUGUUCAAAGUGUAAACUGUACAGUAAUCAGCCUUGUGUAUAUGAAAACAAUAAAUACUAUGCAAACCAAUAGAAACACGUUAGCAGUAUGUACAAAGCCCUAAAGAGCUCAGCUCCUGAGGACUUCUCCAGGCUGUGGGAGGAGCUAAAGGCUGUCUUUCACCGAAAGAGGAAGGGAGUAGGGCUGUGAAUGUACCUGCCAGUUCCUAGGUCAGACCAUCCUGAGGUCUUCCAGAGCCAACUUGGUGCUUGAAGUGCAGGUGGCCGCAGGUUGGAGGUCCUGGCACAGACAACUGGGCUCGGGCUGGUCGGCCAAGUGCCUGGCUCUGACCACGGGCCCAACGCAAGGAGAGCCGGAGCAGGAUGGAGCUGCUGACCAGGAGGCUGAGGAGAGACCCUCUUCUAUCUAGACUCAGGGCCAGGCCAGGAAGGGGACCCUCAACUGGCUGGUCUUGCCUUGGAGCCCUCAGGGAAGAGCCUUAACGUCACACUAGAGUCUCCUGCAGAGGGAGGCCCGAAUCAGCACAAUCCGGCUCCGCCAUACCCGGGCGGCGCCCCCUAGGGCCAGGAGAGAGACUGGCAGGCUCUUCUCGCUCUCCCAGAGCCAAUGGUGGACGGCGGUCACCUUCCUCGCCUGCNGCUCCUCGGGGUGUCGUCGGGACACAGUAAAAACCUUCCAAGUAGCACAGACGCCCCUCCAUGCCCGUACCCCCACGCCCUGGAGGCCCUCCCGGGGACUCCAGCCCGCGCGCUCUCUAGCCCCGGGCCAGUGCGCGGGUUGGGGGAUGCUGUGGUCCACGGGCGCGGCUAGCUUUCCUGGGGGUGGGGAGGAGGGGCGGCGGCCCCGGGAGGGCGGGCGAGCACGGGCGCGGGGUCGCCCCGCCUCGCCCCGCACCCUCCGCCCAGUAGCGGCUCUUAGCGCCCUGCGCGGCCCGACUCCGCUUUGGCACCCUCCGCUCGGUCUGGCUUGGCUGCUUGGCACGCCGCCCCCCGCCCUCGGCGGCAUGGCUGCGCGCUCCCGUUGCUAGUAGGAGCUGUUUUAGGAGGAGUUUGGGGUCUCCACUUGAUGCCUAGAGAAUGCUGCAGUCUGCACCUUAGACGCUUUUUAGAAGUUUUGAAAUGACCUUGAUUUUUUUAAUUGUUAUGAAAAAAAAAUGAACUAUGUCUUGGCUCUCUCACAUGCUCUGUUACUGAGAGAGACCAGCCCACCCUACUCUGAUGUAUAGACCAUUCUCCCUACACCAGCUAAACAAAUGUCAAAUUAAUAAAGAAACGGACU